AUGCACAAAUAUUCGACUUCUGCGAUCAUAUAUAUAUCAUUAAAUGUCUUAAGUUUAUUAUUAUCAACAUUUCUUAUCGUAAAAUUAUACGUAUCACCUAAUCACUUUACAAAAUAUACUCAAUUCCAAUUAUUUGUAGCAUCAUGGGGAUAUACGGUUGGGCUUACACCAACAAUAAUAAAUUAUGGGGAUGACUUAAUGAAUAAAGCAUAUGAUACGCAAAUUUGUAUAAUUCAACAGAUGAUAUCUUUAAUAUUUUUGUAUCCUCUAUACAUAUUUCCGGUGAUAUUAGGAUUAUAUAUUUGGCAUGCGGCUGAAAAUAGAAACAUAAAAAUAGAGAAGAAAUAUUUUUGGAUCAUUUCAAGUCUAAUUUGGUGUUUCGCAGUUUGUUUUAAUGUGUUUUCAUUUGCUGACGGGUACGAGAAGGAAAAUUUUGGCCACUUGUAUUCACUUGCUUUGCAAGUGCAAUAUUAUGGAAACGUUGGCGGCAUUACUCGACAAAAAGAAAUCGUUGGACGGAUCAUAUCUCAAUACGUAAUCAAAUCGGAGCAUCCCGAAAUUAACAAGAUAGUCAUUGAAGAUUAUGUUCAACCAUUGAGUGGGAUAAUGUUAUUUCUGAUCUUUGUUAAGAAUGAUUCUCCGGCUGCAUUUCUGCCAUGCCUUUAUUAUGGAGGUCCAGAAAAGUUAACUUUUAAAUCCGAAUCAUAUUUUAAAGAUGAUCGAAUCUUAGAUGUAAGACCGCCAUCGCUUAAUUAUUCGUUUAAUGAAGCACUUGGUAACGUAAAUCAGACACCAAUGGUUGCUAGAUCUACUAAUAAUCAAGAGAUUGAUACAAUUGAAAUUUUGUUAAGUUAG